CCCCUCUCUCCCCGAAACCCUCGCCUCAAUGCUCCUCCCAGUUUCGCCUAGAUACCCUUCACUCUCCUGCGCGAUCCCUCUCCAGGUUUCGCCCGAAACCAUCACCUUCGUUACUCGCCAUACACUCGCAAUUGGAGCUAACUAGGGAGGCAGCGGCGGGAUCAGAGUCCCGAACUCCCAUCUUUCUUCCUUUUCGCACCGCUUCUACCCGAAUAUUUUGUUCAUACUGACUGUCCGGCAGGAUUUGGGUCUAAUCCAGAGGCCAGCGAUGGGUCGGAAGAAGACGGUGAUGAUCGACGACGACGAGUACUCUUUGCCGAUAGACGAACAGCAAGUUCAGGCAUCUGAGAAAGAAAACCGCGCUUCAAUCAACACAGGGUCGAAGAAGAAUAAGAAGGGAGGCGGCGGGGCCAAAUCACAGCGCCAUGGAGGCCAGGAGGAUUUGGAGAUCGAGCAGCUUGCUGGUGCCGAAGACGAGGAGGCGAAGAUGAGCAAAGAUAAUGUUGAAGAGGAAGAUGAACUGAUUUCGAACGUGUUUUCUGGAAAGAAGAAAGCUUCUAAAUCUAAGAAAGACAGAGUUUCUCAAGGCAAUAAUGUUGCUAAUGUUACAGCCAUUGGUAAAGAAGAAGGUAAUCAGCAAGAUGAGGAAGAUGCACCCGUGAUUGUAUCUUUUUCGGGAAAGAAGAAGCCUUCUAAAACCAAGAAAGAGAAAAAUUCCCAAGCUUCCAGUUCCUUUGAUGCCCUUAGCGAUGUGGAAGACAAUCAGGAAGAUGAGUAUGAGGAGAAGCCAAACGCUGUUACAUUCUCAGGUAUGAAGAAGCCCUCUAAAUCCAAUACAGAAAAUAGUUUUCCUACAUCCAGUGCCUUCAAUGCUCUGGGUGAAGACGAAGAUAGCCAGAUUGAUGAUGGGGAAGCCGAACCGCUUACUCUGGCAUUCACAGGUAAGAAGAAGCCUUCCAAAACCAAGAAAAACAAAAGUUCUAAUUCUACCAUCGAUUCCUCUGUUGGAGAGGAAGCAAGAGAAGAUAAGUCUGACCAGCAACCUCCAUCAUUAAAUGAGGCUAAUAGCCAUGAGGAGGCUGAACUGAAAUCAAGUAGACAGUCGGAGCUUGAUGAUACUUAUACAAGAAAGCAGCAACCAAAGAAGAAGAAGAAAGGAGGGAGAACUGCGCAGGAAGAGGAAGACUUGGAUAAAAUUCUGGCCGAGCUUGGGGAGGGGUUACAGUCUACGAGCCUUACAGUUACUCCUGUUGUUCCAGAGGCAAAUCCUGCAGACAACGAACUAAAGGAAGCUGAUGUGGAUUCCAGCAGACAGGAUGGUGCCUUUGAAGAUGCCGCUUCUAAAAAUAAGCAGCAAAAAAAGAAGAAGAAGAAGGGUGGGAGAACUUUCCAGGAGGAGGAGGACUUGGAAAAGAUCCUUGCUGAACUUGGAGAUGGUCCGCAAACUGUUCCAUCCUCUUCUGCUCCACCUUCAGAUGUCAUUAAAGGGUCAGUAAAACUUGAGCCCGUACAAUCCAAGGUUUCUACUGAUAUUGUUCCUGAUGAGAAGGAAGGAGAAGCAGAGGAGGUGGAGUCAGCAGCUGCUAAGAAGAAAAAGAAGAAGAAGGAGAAGGAGAAGGAAAAGAAGGCAGCAGCUGCUGCAGCUUCUGCUGUUACUGUUGAGGAGGAAAUUAAGGAAGAGAAGAAGGAUGCCGCAAAGGGAAAAGCUGCUGACAAGAAAUUGCCUAAGCAUGUUAGAGAGAUGCAGGAGGCUUUGGCACGAAGGAAGGAGGCCGAAGAGACGAAGAAAAGAGAGGAAGAGGAAAGGCUGCGAAAGGAGGAGGAGGAGAGAAAGAGGUUGGAAGAGCUGGAGAGGCUUGCUGAAGAGGCAAAGAAAAGGAAAAAGGAAAGGGAGAAGGAGAAGCUGCUGAAGAAGAAGCAGGAGGGAAAACUCUUGACAGCCAAGCAGAAGGAAGAACAAAAGAGGUUAGAUGCAAUGAGGAGACAGUUUCUUAGUCAGAAUGAUAAUCUAUCUGCUGAUGUUCCUAGAGAGACCAAAAAAAGACCCAUAUACCAAGCAAAGAAAGCAAAGGCUGCUCAGACAAAGACUGGAGAUCUGGAAAAGGUAACAGAAUCCCAAAAUGAGGUUGUUGAGCUUGAUGUGGUUCAGCCUGAUGAAGAUGAUAUGGUCGAGGAGACCUUAUCUCAGCACACAGAAGUUCAGGAUCAGCCCGAAGAUAAACAAGAGCAAGAAGAAUCUGAAACUAUGGAAGAAGAUGAAGAAGAUGAAGAGUGGGAUGCUAAAAGCUGGGAUGAUGUUGAUGUAAAAUUGCCUGGGACAAGUCCUUUUGCUGAGGAGGAUAAGGAGGAGUUGAAUGCAGCAACUUUUAUUGCAAAAGGUGGAGAACAUGGCCCAUCUUCAGCUCCAGCUGUUGCUCCGGAUGUUGCAACAGCUAAAAGAAUAGUUGACCCUCAAGUUUCUUCAAAGAAGGGCGGUGAAGUGAACGGCCAUGAAAUAUCAGACACUGUUGCAAAGGCUAAAAAUAAUGUUGGAGUUAAGCUGGAAUCAAAUCAUUCACAGGAUACAACAAAAAAGAGCGGCGGCGAACUUCGUUCACCCAUUUGUUGCAUUCUUGGUCACGUGGAUACUGGUAAGACCAAGUUGCUUGAUUGUAUUCGACGCACAAAUGUGCAGGAGGGAGAAGCUGGAGGUAUUACCCAACAGAUUGGGGCUACUUAUUUUCCUACUGAGAACAUAAGGGAGAGAACCAAGGAGCUGAAAGCUGAUUCAACAUUGAGAGUUCCAGGAUUGCUUGUUAUUGAUACUCCUGGACAUGAAUCAUUUUCUAAUUUGCGUUCAAGAGGUUCAAGUUUGUGUGACAUUGCUAUUCUUGUUGUGGACAUUAUGCAUGGGCUUGAGCCACAAACCAUUGAGUCACUUAAUUUACUCAAAAGUCGGAAUACAGAAUUCAUUGUUGCUUUGAACAAGGUUGAUCGACUAUAUGGUUGGAAGAAAUGUCCUGAUGCCCCCAUAAGGAAGGCUAUGAACCAACAGUCUAAUGAUGUUAAAAAUGAAUUCAACAUGAGACUUACUCAGAUUAUAACUCAACUUAAGGAGCAAGGUCUGAAUACAGCUUUAUACUAUAAAAACAGAGACUUGGGGGAGACAUUUAAUAUUGUACCAACAAGUGCAGUGAGCGGCGAAGGUAUACCGGAUCUGCUUUUGCUAUUGGUGCAGUGGGCACAAAAAACAAUGGAAGAUAAACUUACAUAUGUUGAUGAAGUUCAGUGUACUGUGUUGGAAGUAAAAGUGAUUGAAGGAUUAGGAACCACGAUAGACGUGGUGCUUGUUAAUGGUACUCUUCAUGAAGGCGAUCAAAUAAUCGUUUGUGGUAUGCAGGGGCCUAUUGUGACCAAUAUCAGAGCUUUAAUGACUCCUCAUCCUAUGAAGGAGCUUCGAGUAAAGGGAUCAUACAUACAUCAUAAACAGCUUAAAGCCGCACAAGGUGUGAAAAUUUCUGCCCAGGGCCUCGAACAUGCUAUUGCAGGCACUGCCUUAUACGCCGUAAAACCCGGUGACGACAUCGAAGCCAUAAAGGAUGCUGUAAUGCAUGAUGUGAACAAAGUAAUGAGUCGGAUCGACAAGAGCGGAGAGGGUGUUUAUGUUCAAGCCUCGACUUUAGGCUCUCUCGAAGCACUAACAGAGUUCCUAAAGAGCCCCGCCGUUAAUAUUCCCUUUAGUGACUUUAGUAUCGGUCCGGUGCACAAGAAGGAUGUUAUGAAGGCGAGUGUUAUGCUUGAGAGGAAGAAGGAAUAUGCAACUAUCUUAGCUUUUGAUGUUAAAGUGAUGCCAGAGGCACGGGAGCUCGCGGAGGAGUCGGGUGUGAGGAUUUUUGUGGCGGAUAUAAUCUAUCACUUAUUUGAUCAGUUCAAGGCUUAUAUCGAUAAUUUAAGGGAGGAGAAGAAGAAGCAGAGUGCAGAGGAGGCUGUCUUCCCAUGUGUUCUUAAGAUCAUGCCGAAUUGUGUUUUCAACAAGAAGGAUCCUAUAGUUUUGGGGGUGAAUGUUCUUGAAGGUAUUGCGAAGAUCGGAACCCCAAUUUGCAUUCCUUCGAGGGACUUCAUCGAUAUAGGAAGAAUUGCUUCGAUCGAGAUAAACCACAAGCAGGUUGAUGUGGCUACAAAAGAUCAAAAAGUAGCCAUUAAGAUAGUAAGCAACAAUGCUGAAGAACAACAGAAGAUGUUUGGAAGGCAUUUUGAAAUAGAAGAUGAGCUCGUUAGUCACAUCUCAAGAAGAUCCAUAGAUGUACUAAAGACAAAUUACCGGGAUGAUUUGUCCAAUGAUGAAUGGAGGCUAGUAGUCAAAUUAAAGAAUGUUUUCAAGAUACCUUGAUUCAAGGAAUGAGAUGCAGUGGGUGCUGAACUUAUCCUCAUGUUGGGUCGGGUCGGGUCGGGUCGGGUCAGGUGAAGCUCGAAUAAUUGUGUCUUUUGACUGCGAAGGUAAUUCCAAUGAAUCCACCAGAGCUCAAGGCCAUCCAUUAAGCACACACACACCAGCAUAGUCUGCUGCAUAAACAAUUCAUGAUCAUCCUCACAUGUUACUUUUCCUUUUUUUUUUACUGUCCUUUCUCCCUUAAUUUUCAAAA